CCUCUUCGAACCCGUUCGCCUCAUCAGAUGCUGAUACAUUUUUGAUACAUUGCUGAGCCUUGAUUAAUCUAUUUAGUUCAACAUGGCCAGCAAGGAAGCCGGGCAGGCAUUCGCCCCGGUCCUGGCGGCCGUCGCGACAAUGCAAGGAAAUGUGCCUAGGACUGAGAAGACUCAGGCCCAUGAAUUCCUUGAGAAGUUCCAGAAAUCGAUUGAGGCCUGGACCACAACCCACGCUCUAUUACAGUCCCCCGAUGUGCCCGUUGAAGCCAAACUAUUCGCCGCGACCACACUGAAAGGAAAAAUGGUCACAUGGAAAGAUGUACUGGCGACCGUCGGAGCCGCGCUAGGAAGCAGUGCAGGGGACUGUGUGCUGGAGUUCCUGAAGAUUCUGCCCGAGGAAGUCACCGAGGGUCGCAAAAUCAAUCUCAGUGAAGAUGAAUUGUUUGCGAGAACCAAGGAGCUGCUAGAAGACAACGCGGAGCAGGUCAUGCAGCUGAUGAUCCAAUAUGCCCAGUCGUCGCCUGCUGCCGCAACCAACCCCCGUCUCUUAGACUGCAUUACUUCGUGGCUACGUGAAAUCCCUGCCGCCAAGGUUGUUGAGUCACCUCUCAUGGAUGUUAUCUUCAAAGCGUUGGACAACGACAUAUCUUUUGACGCUGGUGUCGACUGUGUUUGCACGCUUUACCGCGACACAAAGGACGUGGACGAGUCGUUGCCCGUCAUUCAAGCCCUUUAUCCCCGAUUGAUGGCACUUCGCCCAAAGAUUGCCGAAACAGCCGAGGCUGAAGAUUUGGAGGCUUUCAAGGGUGUCACACGAAUGUUUGCGGAGGCAGGUGAAGCGUGGGUUGUCCUCGUUGCACGUCUGCCGGGUGAGUUCCAGGGACUCGUUGAGGCACUUCUCGAAUGUUGCGCGCGGGACUGGGAGCGCGACGCAGUGUCUUUGACUUUCAUUUUCUGGUACGAACUGAAGCAAUAUGUUACUCUGGACCGGUACACCGACGCUCGGCUCGCGUUCCAGCCUAUCUUUGCCCAAUUGGUCGACAUCAUGGUGAAGCAUCUCGAGUUUCCUAGUCCGGAAGACGGUGAGACCGAAGAUUUGUUUUCUGGAGACCGCGAGCAAGAGGAAAAAUUCCGUCAAUUCCGCCAUGCAAUGGGCGAUGUCCUCAAGGACUGCUGUGCCGUUGUGGGUGUGAAUGAUUGUCUUGCUAAAAUCUACCAACUGAUCCAGCAAUGGGUUGGCAAGUAUGCAUCUCAGGCAAGUAAUGAGCAUGUUCCUCAUUGGCAGGAAUUGGAGGCUCCUCUGUUUGGUCUCCGCGCAAUGGGCCGCAUGGUCGACCCCUUAGAAAGCACUAUUCUUGGAGAAUUGAUUCCUUUGAUCGUUCAGAUUCCUGACCAGGAGAAAGUGCGGUUCCAGGCGAUCAUGGCACUAGCACGCUACACGGAAUGGACAGCUAACCACCCUGAAACAUUGGAGGCUCAGCUUAACUAUGUGAUUUCCGGUUUCCACCAUUCUUCCCAAGAAGUUGUGCAGGCCUCUGCUCUUGCCUUCAAGUUUUUGGGAACAGACUGCCAGAAGUUGCUUGGUGGCCAUAUUACGCAGCUGCAUGCCUUCUAUGAGUCAGUUCUUGAUAAGCUGAAGCCCACCAGCCAGGAGGAAGUCACUGAAGGUGUUGCCGCAGUGGUUUCGGUGCAGCCCCAUGAUAAGAUCUACGAUUCAUACAAAAUGUUCUGCGACCCGAUUAUGGCUCGCAUUAUGAACCUUGCGAAUAAUGCGCAAACUGAAGAAGGCCAGCGAGCCGUGGCCGAUCAUCUACAACUGAUCACUAUCUUUGUGCAAGUGGUGACUCCGAUUCUUGCACCGGGAGAAGAAAACCCUGCCGUCAAAUACUGCAGCGAGGUUCUGCCUAUUAUGGCCACGAUUGUCAUGAACUUUACGUCUUCCACACCUAUUCUCGAGCGAGUGUGCCGAUGCUGGCGAUACAUGAUCAUUUCUUAUCGUACUGGAAUGAUCCCUCUUUUGCCGACUCUGGCUCAGAGUAUCGCGAACGGAUUCCAGGCCUCACGCGAGGGCUGCUUCCUUUGGGCUACGGAUGCGGUGGUGCGUGAGUUCUCCGAUGGUGCCGAGUACGUGGACCAGGCCACCAGCGAUGCCGUUUUCCAGUUCUAUGAGCAGCAGGCCAUUGCUUUCCUGCGGAUCUUGAACGAUCUCCCCCCUCAAAAUCUGCCAGAUGUGAUUGAAGACUUCUUCCGUCUCUCCUCGAACGCCGUUCGAUACUACCCCAAGAAGUACAUCACCUCGUCCCUCGCCGUCCCCAUCUUCUCCGCCGCCCUCAGUGCUCUCACUCUUCAACAAGUCGACCCUCUCAUCGCUACGCUUCAUUAUUACCGGGAUCUGUUCAGCUUUGCAUUUGAUAAGCCUAUGGUCUCCCAGUUUACCAGUCCGGAAGGCCAGCCUUACGUUACCCCGCCUGAGGUUCGCGAGGCCGUUAAGGCAUUGAUUAUCUCGCAAGGCCAGCCUUUGGCGCAACGUGUGUUGACGGGCAUGAUGUUCACUUUCCCUGGUGACUGCUUCGCUGAUGCGUCGGGAGUACUGAUGACGAUGUUCGAACUGCUCCCCCAGGAAACCGGGGCAUGGCUGCAGACUACACUGCAGAUGCUGCCGACUGGCACUAUGAAGCACGGCGAAGCCGAGCGACUGCUAAAGAAUGUCUCCGAGAAAGUACAGUCAGGGGACACCCGCAAAAUCCGUGUUCUCCUCCAAGACUUCACCAACUCCUAUCGCCGCCGCAAUGUAGCCCCACGCGAUGGCCUUGGCCGCCUGGAGGCCACUCGAUUCCGAUUCAGCGGAUGA